UUCCCGUCUGCGGAGGACAUGCGCUCGGGUGGCGCGGCCCGGGCCUGCCGCAGCGCCUGCAGGUGCUGGCUCUCCGGGUGUGCGGGCCCUGCAGAUGGGCCGCAGCAGCUGGUGGGGCCCGAGCGUGCCGAGGACCGGGAGCCGCUGGUAGACCUCUGCCGAAGAAGGCACUUCCUCCGCGGGACGCCGCAGCAGCUCAGCCCGGCUGCUCUCCUGAGCGGGUGCCACCCGGGCUUUGGACCUUUGGGUGUAGAGUUACGAAAGAACCUAGCCUCACAGUGGUGGUCCUCUAUGGUGGUGUUCAGAGAGCAGGUCUUCCCGGUGGACGCCCUCCACCACGAGCCAGGUCCCUCGCAGCCCGGGGACAGUGCCUUCAGGUUAGUUUCUCCAGAAUGUAUACGCGAAAUCUUGCAAGACAAAGAGCUGAGUAAGGAACAGCUAGUGGCAUUUCUUGAGAACUUAUUAAAAACUUCUGGGAAACUACGGGAGACUCUUCUUCACGGUGCCUUGGAGCACUAUGUUAAUGGCCUGGAGCUGGUAAACAGAAGGCUACCCUAUGGUCUUGCUCAGAUUGGAGUGUGUUUCCAUCCUGUUUUGGACACUAAACAGAUACCCAGCAGUGUCAAAAGCGUUGGUGAAAAGACGGAGGCUUCAUUGGUGUGGUUCGCUCCUGCAAGGAGUUCCAGCCAGUGGUUUGACUUCUGGUUGCGGCAUAGGCUCCUGUGGUGGAGAAAGUUCGCUAUGAGUCCAUCUAACUUCAGCAGCACCGACUGUCAGGAUGAAGCAGGGCGGAAGGGAAGCAAACUUUACUACAGCUUUCCCUGGGGAAAGGAGCCAAUAGAGACGCUGUGGAACCUAGGAGAUCAAGAACUCCUAAACACAUAUCCUGGGAGUGCGUCUACAUUACAGGGUCGAGAUGGUCGGAAAAAUGUGGUUCCUUGUGUUCUGUCUAUGAAUGGGGACUUAGACGUAGGCGUGCUGGCUUACAUCUACGAUUCCUUCCAGCUCACAGAGAACUCCUUUGCAAGGAAGAAGAGCUUUCAGCGAAAGGUGCUUAAACUCCACCCGUGUUUGGCCCCUAUUAAGGUAGCUUUGGAUGUGGGGAAAGGCCCAGCAGCAGAGCUGAGACAGGUUUGUCAAGGGCUACUUAAUGAAUUUCUAGAGAAUGGGAUUUCUGUAUGGCCUGGUUAUUUGGAGACUGUGCAGUCUUCAUUAGAGCAACUCUAUUCCAAGUAUGAUGAAAUGAGCAUCCUCUUCACAGUUCUGAUUACUGAGACUACUUUGGAAAAUGGAUUGAUCCAGCUGAGAAGCAGAGACACCACGAUGAAGGAAAUGAUGCAUAUAUCCAAACUGAAAGACUUUCUGGUCAAGUAUCUAGCAUCUGCCAAAAAAGUGUAGGUCUUCAUAGUUCUGUAAUAAAUAUUCUGUGUUGAUUUAUUAGCUUACAUUAAUAUGGAUUUUGCCCUUUUGCAUUUAUAAAGCGCACAUUUUUGUCUCUUUC